AUGGAAGAAAAAGUAAUCUUUAAAAAUAACAGUUGUGCUUAUAAGAGCAUUCUACUUAGAACAAACCAGACAAUAAAAACAUUUGACGCUGAAAGCUUCAUGAAAAUCACUUCAGUUUUAUUGGCUUCCUUCAAAAAAUAUUUUCAUGUAGCUUGUGAAAAGAAAGAGUAUUCUAGAAGUCCUCAAACUCAAAUCCUCCCUCUCAUGAAUAAGCAGAAUAAGAAGAAGCAACAAAAUUGGAAAACGUCGAAAACAAUAGCUUGCCCGAAGAGAAGGCCUCACAUAGCUAUAGCAAAAACCAAUAAUAUUUCGAAUAGAAAACAAUUUCAUGCCCAUCCUUUAGAACUUCCAUUGAAUGUUGAAUGA